CAGAAUAAUCAGAUCCAGAUCAGGUGCCUGUCGGAUUGUUAUUAUUUUUUACUCUACAGAUGCAGAAUUGAAAAUUGCUGACUGCUGGAGUGCAUCAAACAAAAUUGAGUCGCGCGCAAUGCUGACGGUGCAAACAAUUAAACUGUUAUGCUAACGUGCUCUGCGUAGAAGCCUUUACAAUCUGUGCUUACACGAUCAUUUACAAAAUUAAGACGAAAUGAGUCGAAAAGAAGACAGGUGGGAUUCCAGCCUGGACCAUUUCAUUAAUUUCUGGUGGACCGAAGUCGUCAAGAAAGUGAAGGAUGCAAUUGUCUUCAUUGACAAUCCUGCAGCUGAAUGCUUGCAUUGGAAUAUGAAUGGGGCACAAGCGUUCUUUGUCGCUGGAGCUCUUGGGGUCAAAGAAUUAACUCCUCUAGAGACGGGCACUAAAGAGCAGCAAAAAGCUGUAUUCAUCACCUCAGAGGAUGUGAGUGGCAUCACAGAGAUGGCGAUCAGAGACAUCAUCCUGGGGUCUCGCUUUGAACAUUGCAUCGUCAUCACUGCAGCACCUGCUGCAAUUCACGCCUCCAUCAAGUCUCCAGAGAGCUUGCCCACCGAUGACCCUAACAAUCUUCGGGCAUUUGUCGAACUGGAGAACAGACUGCUCCGUUGGAUGGGGAAUGCUUACUUUCCUCAGCAGUCGUACACCAGUGAAGUGCUCUACUGCCCUCUGUUUGCAGCUCGAUUGGCAGAAAAUGUAUUUAUAAUGCCUCCAUUCAGUGAAUUCAUGGGCGAAGUUGGUCCCCAGUCUCAAGACAAGAAUUUCAGCUCAAGCCACAAGAACAUGGAUCACUUGGCUGCUUGUUUGCACAGUUUGAUGGCCUUCUUUGGCGCCAGGGAGGACGUUUUCAGCAUUGGAGAACUGAGCAGUGCUUUGGCUUCAAAACUAGACUCCCUCCCGGCAGCUAGGGCAAGAAGAAAGACAGCCCAAAACAAAGUGGGCAUCCUGUUGUUUGAUCGAGUGUUGGAUUUGGCCUCCGGAUGCAACUCAGACGCUUCAAACUGUUUACUAGACCGAGUUCUUUCAGUUCUAUCGCCAUUCCCGGGACACACUGCUGAGAGAUGCGUCGACAUGUCCUCUCUAUGCCUAGCCAACAGGAAAGCGCCACCCGACUUGCCGCUGCCGUUGGUGCCGGGCUGUGCGCUGCAGCCAGGAGGAAUAUCCACUUUUCUCGACUCGGCGUCGGUGAAAGAAGGGUUGUUGAAUGUACAACGACGCGUCCUGGAAGCGUCCAAGGGCACGCCGACCAUUAGGGUGACGGCGGAUUCCCUUGCCAAACGAGCCAAAGCCCUUGCUCUCCACGGAGGCCUCCAGCAACACGCGGACCUGCUCCAACAAUGCCUGGCUGUCAUUCAGUGUUCAGGUGGAUCUGCUUCGAUGUCAGUUGAACUGGUUGCGGGCAUGCAGAAAGUUUUGGUCCAGAAUUUGGGUGUUGAGGACGGAGAGAAGGGUUUUGUCGAAGUUCUCAAACAAAUUACAGCUUUAUUGAAAACUCGUAAAGAGAGGGAUCUGAAACUGGAUUCGGUGAUGUUGCUCCUCAUUCAUAUCUUUUCUGUUGCGGGCUCGGAGCACAACCUUGUUAACUCCGCAUCGGAGGAAAUGGAGCAGGCGAAAGCAACUCUUGCAGAAGCACUGCUAGAGGACUGCCAGGCUUCGGAAAAUAACUGGCCUGGAACGAUAAAAGAUGAAAUACAGGCAUCCAGGGUUGCUAGCGAAAUUUUUAAAAAGCUAGUAGGAAUUGCUGACGCCAGGAAAAAGCUCACAAAAUACAGAAAUAUUUUGACCAGACAACACUCUCAACAACCUGCGUCAGUCUCUGCGCUUCUCCCCACAAUAGUUUCGGAUUGCCUGGACAAGAGCCGCUCGGCGGAGCUCAGCAACGACAUUUCUUGCCCAAUCCAAGGCAGCUCUCGAGGCGCUCUAGGGCUCUUCUUGGGAUCUGCGAAGCCCCAUCCAGCUGACAACGCUUUAACAAUUGUUCUGGUGCUGGGCGGAAUUACAGGGAGUGAAAUUCGUUCCAUCCAGAAUAUUGCCAAGCAGAACAAGAAGCACGUCAUUAUUGGUUCCACAAAACUCAUUUGUCCUAAAGACUGUCUUAAAUAUGUAUAUCCAUCAACUCAUAUCACCCCUGCGCUGUGAUUUUCAUGUUAAUCUUUGUUUUUGGGUCUAAACUGCAUCAGUAUGAUUUUGUAUAAUAUGAUCUGUUUGUGAAUAAACAUUUCGUUAUUUUGUUGUUGGACAAAGUCAAACACAAAAAUUGAAGAAAA